UUUCUCGACUGAAUUAAGUCAGCAUGGAUGUGAAGCGUCCGCUUGAGGCCAUCGACGCAGCGUUUGUGGAAAUUGUGCAGGCGGGAGCGCCUGCCGGUUCCUUUUCGCUGCCAGAUGAGUUGAUGCAGCAGGUCAUCGACGCGCGUGAUCAGAUUCCCUCACUGCACGAUGUGGACCGCAUGUACUUGCCACCAAACUCGCUCGUCCGCUUCCGUGGCAUGAUUCAAGCCACGCACAAUCCGGAGAUCUAUCUGGACGUGUACGCAACGCGAGGGCCACAGGGCGAAACAGCCGUCCACACCAGCCGCUAUCGUGAUAUGACCAACACCAAGGAGGACUGGGAGAUUGACUUUGACUCGCAGCACAACGUGUACAAGUCACGCCACACACUGCAUUGCGUGCCCAUUCCCGCCGAGAACACGUGGGUCCGCCAGCACCUCGCCGCAUCCGCACCUCAAACAGCGCGUGUGGCGGGGGAGCGGGUGCGCCCCGGUGCCACCAAGCGAGCGACCAUGGAUGAAGGCGACGACGACGACGACGAUGAUGGUGAUGGUGGUGAUGAUGAUGGUGAUGGUCGCGGACGAGGCAUGGAGAUGGAUGCAGAGCAGCAGCAGCAGCAACAGUUUCCAGCGAAGAAGAGGGCGGGCGACAUGACGGCGACCACCAUCGACGACGAUGGUGAUUCACAUCAGCAGCAUGGACAGGCCCCGGGUGCGCGCGUUGCGGAUGAGCACGUGCACAAUCUUCCGCUUCCCGACGACCGAACACCAGCACUGCUCAAGGUGUACGGGGACGAUCCCGGUGUGAAGCUGCACGAGAUGGUGGAAGUCAUCGGCGUGUAUGUCAACGACCCAACGCCGCCGUCCGCCCUCACAGACGAGGAGCGCGCCUUUGCUGAGCCGCUGCCGCCGUCAUCAGUACUGCCGCGCAUCCACUGCAUACACAUGCGCACCAUCCAGCACCACAACCCGCUCAUCCCACCGCAGCUGGCGCACCUCAAUCACGUGGCAACGGCGCUGCCUGGUGCCGCUGUUGAUGCGCGGCCGCCACUGCACCGGGCGCUGCUCGCUCUCGUUGGCGGCGAUGACCUCACUGCCACGCUCCUCCUCCUCCACCUCAUCUCUCGCGUCCACACCCGCACAGCGGAUGGCACAAUGACGCUCGGGCAGUUCCCACUCAACCUCUUUGGUGUCACCGGCCCGCUCGCAGACCUCCCAGCACGGUUGGAUGCGUUCCUGUCGACAAUCACGACGAGCUCCCAUCUCCUGGACAUGUCGCUGCGCAGCCUCAACACCAUGAGCAUGAACCCAAAGCGGAGUGGAUCGACGGACAAAUUGUCCGCUGGAUUCCUGCAGCUGCCGCGCCACGCCCACGUCAUUCUAAACGAGACGGCGAUGGAGGCCGGACAGCUGAACGAGCGUGGGAUCGCGAAUCUCAUGGCCCUUAAGACAGCCAUGGACACGCAGCAGGUGGCAUUCGAAUUCGAACACGCAGGGUCCAUCAUGUUUGACAUUGAUGUGCAGCUUCUCGUUCUGUCGGAAGGAAAAUCCAUGCUGCCGGUGUCGACCAAAGUGCCGAUUGCGCCCACUGCUGACGUGACGGCGCCACAGCUUACAGACGACGAGACAGACGCCAUUAGGGCAUACCUGGAUUUGGCCAAGCACGCGGAGUUCACCAUUGCCGAGGAGAUGCAGGAGGCAAUCAGCUCCGACUUUUCAACAAUGCGGCAGGAGGAUCCGUCCAUCACCGCCGACGCCCUCCACCGCUUGCUCGGCAUUGCAAGGCUCGUGUCGCUGAGCUAUGGCCGCUCGUCGCUUGAUCUUGACGGGUGGACGGAAGCGAAACGCAUCGACGCCGCCGUCACACAGCGCAUGCACGCGCAGUAAUCACAACACCACAUGCUUCUGGCGCACCGUGCAAUGAGAACACGUUCAUUGUUGUUCACUGGCUACUAUCAUUGCAUUGUGAUUGUUGCUCUGUUGCUGGUGGCUUCCUUGAUGUUUACUUGUGGUGCAACUUAGAAAGCAAUUCCUUUGUGGGUCAAGUGAACGGUUACAAUCACGCC